AUGUCUUUCGCUAACAAGCAAGAAGAAGCCACCGCAUCACUAUCACGACAAUCUCGGGCGCGUAAAAAUAAAAAGCAGAAGCGGGAUUACGAGGAUGCAUCUAAUGUAGAUUUUAAUUCGCUGAAGGAAGAAGAGAUCUUUUCUCGAAGAAGGGGGCUUCGAAAAAGAAGCAAAAUAAAUUACUCCGAAUCGGAUGUGGAGGAAUCAGAUUAUGAAGAAAAAUCGAAACCUUCUGGUUGUAGUGAAUAUGGAUCACAUUGCGAUUUAUAUGUGGGUGGUGUAAAUAUACGCACAUUAAUUAAAACCUGGCGUCAAUCAACCGAAUAUGUCACUGAAAUCAGCAAACUAGAUCUGCUAUAUUAUAACAUCAUAGAUACAUCAGCAACGAAGGCUCGAAUCAUUUUUAAAGAUAACUGGAGUGCAAUGAUAAAUAUUAUUGAAAAUAAUAUCAAUUCGGAAGAAACACUAAAUGAAGAGCCAGGAAAUGUGAAUAAACAUAUCAAAGAAUUUAUGAGUAAUAUAACUACCUGGGCGCAAUUGGAAAAUGUUCUAAAAAACGAAAAGGUUAAACUACAGGAGCAUCGUACUGAAAAAUAUAAGAAGCAAGCUUUAAAGCUUGCAAAGAUAUUCAAAUAUCAAUUUGAGGAUGGUCGGAACAAUUUUACAGAGGAACAGACAGAAUAUUAUUUUAUUAUAAAUUUCGUUUCUCAAACUUUCAAAUUGCUCUUUAAGAAUAAUAAGUCUUUAAAAUUGGAUUGGGGGGAAAAGACACUAAAAGCAUCCGCAAUUUUAAAGAACGAAUCACUUCAAGACGACUAUAGACGUAGUAAUGGUAACAAGAUAGACCUUGUUAUGAGCAUUGUCGACAUUAAACUAGAAUGUAUGAUCAUGGAGGUAUCGGGUUCUCCGAACGAGCAAGAUCAUACACAUUAUGUGGGUGAUCAGAACAAAAUUGCCAAAAUGCUAAAAAUAAUUAUAAAUUAUACCAUCGCCAAGUAUCCUGGCAAUUUCGAAUAUUAUUCUGAUGAUCAAUCUAAAAUUAUAGAUCACAAAUUUUACGUUUAUUCAAUGUAUAUGCCAUUUUCGGCAAUAUAUUAUUUCAAACUUGAACACAAAUUUGAAUGUCCAAUAACAAUGAGAACACUUUUUAGAGAAUUGCCGAUAUUUGGGCAAAAUUUAUGGAAAAUAAAGGACCUAGUUCAAUCAAGUGUAUCGAAAAUUAUGAAAUAUAUUGAUGGUGAAAAGGGUGAAGGGAGUGACAGAGAAGCUUCAGUUGAUCUG